AUGGCAGGUGGGGCCAAGAAACCAGUCAACAUUUUCCGGUUGAAGAACCUGGGGGAGCCAAAAGAAGUCUUCAACUGGCGACUAUGGUUCGCCGUUCUGUCUUUCGGUCUGAUGGGUGCCGCUCGGGGUAUUGACGAGGGUCUCAUCUCCGGCGCCUUCAACUCGAAGGACUUUCAACGCUACAUCAACUAUAGCUCCUACUCCAAGGUCGAGCAAACCAACAUCAAGGCCAAUGUCUCGGCCAUGGUUCAAAUCGGAUCCGUCGGCGGUGCUCUCUUUGCUUUCCUAGUUUGUGAUCGCAUCGGUCGUAUUUGGGCAACGCGCCAAUUGUGCAUCAUCUGGUUGAUCGGCAUCGCCAUCUUCAUGGCCAAUAACGGCCAUCUCGGUGCGGUCUAUGCCGGUCGUUUUAUUGCUGGUCUUGGUGUGGGACAAACAGUGGUUGUGGCUGCCUUUGCUCCCGCGGCUAUUCGAGGUCUUUGCACUUGUGUCUUCACCGGCUUUGUGUAUCUCGGCAUCGUUCUUGCCUAUUUCACCAAUUAUGGUUGCCAAGUCAACAUGGGCGACCACACCCACAAGCGAUGGGAGGUUCCAACCAGUCUACACAUCAUCUUCGCCGGCUUAAUUUUCUUGCUCUCCUUCUUGCAAUGUGAAUCGCCUCGUUACCUGAUCAAGAGAGGCAAGGUCGAGCAGGCCAUUGCAAACCUCUCACGCCUCCGCAAUCUGUCACCGGAUCACGAGUACCUGGUUCGCGAGAUCACUGCGAUUCAAACCGCCCAUGAGAUUGAGAUGGAAGCCACCCGUGGCACUGGCCCAUUGGGAAUGAUCAAGGAGACUCUGCUCAUCCCCUCCAACCUUUACCGCGUCUACCUGGCUCUCAUGGCUCAGAUUCUCUCCCAGUGGUCGGGUGCGGGUUCCAUCACCCUCUACGCCCCUGACCUCUUCAAGCUGCUGGGUGUCCGCUGGCAGCAACGAGACUCUGCUAGUGACAGCCGUCUUUGGUAUCAUCAAACUGGUGGCAGCCAUUGCAUGUGCUCUGUUCCUGGUCGAUGUCAUCGGUCUUCCCGAGAUGGGUGUGGUGAAGGAUUUCAAGCUGCCCCCAGUAAGAAGGGUGCCAGUGAGGGUGCCAUUGCCAUGAUCUACGUGUCUGGCUUCGGGUGGGCACUGGGCUGGAACUCCAUGCAGUACCUACUGACGGCCGAGCUGUUCCCGUUGCGGAUCCGUGCGCUGUGCACCUCCUUGGCCAUGACCCUGCACUUUGCCAACCAGUAUGGCAACUCGCGCGCCGUGCCCAACAUGCUGCUUCCCGUCGCCGAGGGCGGGAUCAGCCCCAAGGGCACUUUCUGGUGCUUCGCCGCCAUCACCAUCAUCGGUGGUAUCUGGGUGUGGUUCAGUAUCCCCGAGACCGCGGGUCGGUCCCUCGAGAGUAUGGACCGUCUCUUCGAGCUACCCUGGUACAAGAUCGGUCGAUACGGCAACCAGGAUGCCGAUGAGCGAGACCAGGUGAUUGACGAGAAGAUGGAAGCGAUGACCGGCCAGCAGGGCACUGUACAGCACGUGGAGCGGAAUGACGUCUCGACCAAGGUCUGA